CGUUGGCCCGUAGCCAGAGGCGUCCCGACGCUUCCCGAGAGGGUGGACCGAGUCCAUCCGAAGACGGCGUCCCGGCGUCGAGCGUCCGUCAGUGCGUGUGCGACAUGGCUGCGAGGCGCUCCGGCGACCUAGACGCCCUCCACCUCGCGAUGUGAACACACCCGCAGCGUCCUCGAACGAGAUCGCUGAACGUUCAUCGACAGUUGCACCCCUUCGUCUCGACUGCGAUUUCCUCCGUGCCUCGAGCGGGUCGUUAUCCGUUGUGACGCAACGACAUCGUGAUAUCGCGAUCCUUCCGACGACGACCUUUGACGAUAGUACGUUCAAGGAAGAAUUCGAAGAACGCUAGACGACCCUAGCAGAACACGACUCCGAUUUCGUGCGACCUCGUUCGAUCGUCGAUUGGGGUUGCCGCGCACGUCGAGCUUCCGUCGACGAUCCGCGGAACGAACUUCCGUGAAAUCAUCAAACUGGUUCGCGUGCAUUCUGUUUACAUUUCAAGGACGGUGGCUCGUUCUCAGGGGGUGACGGACCGUUUACACUUCCUGAGAAGUCGCUCUUUUCUUCGUCGUGAAUUUAGGUGAACGCGGUUAGUCAAAAGGAUUGAAAAGUGGGUGAGGUGAUCGACGAGGUGCGAGUACCGAACUGGGGACAGUGUAGAAGUUUCGCGUUGCUUCGUUGCUCGAACUGUGCUCGGGUACUUGGAAAUUCUUCGAGGCUACUAUACAUGAAACGAUCGAUUCCGGAUAUGUAGGAUCCACCUCGAGCCCACAGGGAAAGACGAAGCUGGAUAUUAAAAAUCUGAAGUUGCGAUACUAUCUAUCUAAGGGGUUGAUCGAGAUUAUUAAACGUGAAGGUUGGAGAUUAUACGAUACGAAGAGACUUUUGAUUUGCCGUCGGUACAAAGAAUUCAUCGAAAUUGUAGAUGAUAAGGGAAAGGAAACGCCUAGACGAAUAGAUCUAACGUGUUGCCAGGAAGGAUCCUAGACGAUCUUGUCUCGCGCAAACGAAGCUGAACGUACCAUUCCUACAGCGAGAUGAACUUGCAUUCCCUCUGAAGAAGCUAUCGAAAAUAUGACUUCCAGCGUCUUUUAACAUUAUACAUAGACGCUCACGAAUCGUGGACCAUCGAGCUCAGACUUGUAUAUUCUAUGGACUUCUGUAGGUCAUGGAAUCUUGAACCGUUAGUCGAAAAUAUUUCUUGUAUCAGAAGAACGAGUGGAAACUUGUGACAGAGUAUUAGUGCGAUUGGACUUUUGUAAGCCAACGACUCUUGACACAUAUUUCCCCUUUCGAAAAGAACAAUGUGAACCGUUGACAGAGUGAACUCUACGAAAUAGCUAGCUGUGCUCCGGUGCGUACGACGAACAUUCGGGAGCCAUCCGUAGAUGCCUCAGAAUUCCAUCUCGGUCUCCAAGAAGAAGGAACCAGCGACCGUUAGGUCCUUUGCAGGCUUAGAACUUUCGAACCUGCAUGUGAACCUGUUUUCAAACGUGCAAACUGGUGACAGAGCGAACUCUACGUAUAUCCAUCGAUUCGUCGACCAUAGAUGCGUUUGGACACUCGGAAGCGAUCGAUAAGUGCUCGAGGAAUCCACCGGGGACCGCCAUCGACGCGACUCAUCAUUUUCGUUGCAGCAUCGUCGAGGCAAGAAUCGAAUGGCACGUUUCCUUGGCGAUAAACAUGUCAGUGGUGGACUCUGGGGUCUGUUCGGUGUCGGCGGGUCGCCGUUGAUGGACGUUAUCCGCGAUUCUCGCUGAUCCUGGCCGAAUGAUCGAAUCGGGCAGCGCGUGUAAUCCGCUGGGGCCGCGCGUCAAGAUCGUUUCGGCUGUCGUAGCUUGACAACCGACUGGACAAGUUAUGUCGGGCUAGUGACGCGGGCCGAAACUUUGGAGAGAGGCAGAUGUGUCUGUCGACGAAACGGUGGCUUCUACUCCGGCCGCGUGAAGAAGAGGAAGCCGAGGAAACAGGCGAAGAAGAAGAGGACGAGGAAGAAGGGGGCCGUGCCGCCGCCGCCGGCGUUGCUUGAAGAGAAGCGCGUGCAGCUCGUCUCGACGCGCUCUCUUCGUCGCUUGCAACGCGUGCAGCUCCCUGGCGGUGUGCACGUGCGUGGCCAGCGUGCGUGCGUGCCCGUGUCUCUGUGUGUACACAGUGUGUAUAGUGCAGGAACUCGACGAUGGAAUAUCGGUGAGGUCACGAGGUCACCGCAGAAUGCCUGAGCCGAGGGCGAAGCGCUGUAAACACUGUGACGAGUCUGGCCACAGGUUGGACAGCGGCUCCCCGUUCUGGAGGAUUCAGCUCGACCAGGAUCUUCUGGACACCAUCAGCGCUAUCUACCCGGAGUGGUUUAAGGACUAUACUAACACCCGUGCCUCGACCUCCUCUUCGUCGAGUACUUCCGGCGGUCAGUUGAACACCGAGGGCACCGUGACCGCCGACUCCAGCACCAUCCUUGAGCACAAGGUCGCCAAAGGUGAUUCCAAGUCGAAGUCCAAGGCGAAGAAAGCGGACAGCCUCAAGGAUAAGGAGAGAGACAGGAAGGAAGCCAGGCGCGAAUCGAAAGACGAGAGGGACGCUGGAAACGGUAAGAAAGGCACGAAGCCCUCGCCGCAGCAGGAUAAAGCGGCGGACGUGGCAGGAAGGAAGACCGCGGGUGUUCCAGGAUCAGCCGCGGCGGAGAUGGCCGAGGGUAAUCAGUCGCCGCCGAAGGCGGAGGUCGACGACUCGCCGCUUCAACACGCCAUGGAUCGCAACAAGGAAUCGUUGAAGGUGAAGCUUAUGUUGAGGCGACCCAUCAAUCAGCUGGUUGCGCAAGGCAUCAUGCCACCGCUGAAGACGCCGCCAGCGUUCCACGAGCAAAGGAAGCAGUUGGAGCGAGCGAAAACCGGCGACCUACUGAAGGCGAAGAUCCAGCAGAGACCGGGCCGGGAGGAGCUGGUGAGGCAGCACAUCCUCGAGGAUGUGGGUCACGUGGACCCGAGCCUGGCCGAAAGACAACGCAUGCUGAAGAAGGCCAGGCUAGCCGACCAGCUCAACGAUCAGCUCAGUCAUCGACCCGGACCGCUCGAGCUCAUCCAGAAGAAUAUUCUCCACACGGAGGAGCCCAUCGAAAGGGCGGUCAAAGAGGGCCACAUUCCCUUCAAGGCCACCUGCGAGGGCCAAGUAACGAAGCCUCAACACCCGGACCACUACAUCACCUUCGAGGAUGACUCUCAGAGUUCCGAAGGUGCGCCCUCGCCGCAGCUGGAGUCCCGAUCGGACGUUCUGGAGACAGCGGCUGCCUCCGCGGGGAUCGUCACUGUGUCCCUCAGCAUCCCGACGACCGGCGGCGCCGUGGUCGUCUCAUCCACGUCGCCGGUCUUCCAGCAAGCGGCGAACGAACCGACGAUAAAAACUUUCGCGGAAUUGUGCAACACCGUCGUUGGCUCGCAGCAGCAACAGCAACACCACCAGCAGCAGUCCCAGCAGCAACUGCAACAUAGUCAGCAACAUGCCUCCACGCAGGCGAGUCAGACGAACGGUCCAUCGACGACCCUCCUUCCACUGGCGCCGGCGCCGAGUCCGAUGUCCUUGGGUUCGACGACGUCCAGCCUGAGUCCCCUUUCCAAUAUCUCGAUAGCGUCGCCCCCGGCACCACCGCCAGCCGCCAUCACCCCGAGACCACAGCCGAGCCCGAUAGCGGCAUCCACGUGCCAGAGGAGCGACGCGCCUGGCAAGGAUAAGAACAGGAAGAAGUCCAAGACCAAGAGCCAACCGAAAACGCGCACCAUCAAGUUCCACGAGUACAAGGGCCCGCCAAACGCGCAGAAGACGUCGGUAUCGUCGACGACUUCCGGCCUCGGUUCCGCGCCGCCUGGCGAGACCAGCUACGAGCUACUCCUUCAGCAGCAACAGCUCUUCCUUCAGUGGCAGCUCGAAUGGCAGCACAAGUACCCUCAGAUCAUCCUACCGGCAGCGCAGAAGCCACUGUCCCUCACCAGCAGCGCUGCCAGCGAUGCCGGAAGCAUCAGCGGAAGCAGCGCGAACGCGCCCAGCCCUGCACCCUCAAACUCCUCGAACAACCCCUCGGAGCAGCCUCCGUUAAGGCCUCUGGGCAAGCUGGAGGAAAUGAAAGUAAGCGAUCUGAAAGUGGAACUGAAACGUCGAAACUUACCGGUGUCUGGCUCCAAGCCACAGCUGAUCGAGCGAUUAAAGCCGUUCACGGAAUUGUCUAGCGGCAACUCGACGUCUAGCUCAAAUGGUCCACACGUGACGCACAUGGGCCACAUAUUGAUGGACACCCCAGGACCGGUGACAUCCGACGAAUCAAGCUCCCAUGCCAAGAGCCCGAGCUCGGCCAUAAAGGACGAACCCAACAGUCCGAGGAUGGAUUCCCCGCAUGGAAGUGAACACGACGAUCCGUCGAGCCCGCCAGGAGACGACAUCAUCAAAGAGCAAAGAAAGCGGAUAGAAGAGCUGCAGCGCGAACUGUACAAGUCCCAGCAACAACUUCAACAGAUCCGUCAGACUCAGCCGACCACCGUUCACGCUGAGAAGCUGGUGCUUCAGCAGCACAUACAGAACAAGAUGCAGCAGCAGCAGCUGGCACUGCACCUGCAACAACUGCAACACUUGCAGCAGCAACAGCAACAGCAUCAGCAGCAGCAACAGCAGAACCACCAGCAGUCACAGCAGCAGACGCAGCAACAGCACGCCGCCUUCCAGCAACUGAACGCGAAGGCCAGCCUCGCGGCGUUCCUGCAGGCGCAACCGAACAACGCUGCCACCAUUCUUGAUUCCUCCACUUUGACAGCGAUCAAUAACAAGAAAAAUCAAGCCAAAAAUAGCGCCACCGUUCAAAUACCUACCGCGAUCGUUCUGAAUCUGGCCAAGCCAGCGAAACUAAACGGUUCGCUGCUCGGUGCACUGGUGGCUCAGGCGCAGGCACAGCAGCAGCAGCAGCACCAGCAACAACAGCAUCAACACCACCAGCAUCAGCAACAGCAGACGGCUCCGUCCGAGGACAGCAAACCGCCUCCGCCUCAAUACGACGAAGCCGCUAAGCUCCUAAAAGUAAAAAUUGAGCCAGUCCAGAAGAACCACAUCAAAAGCCAAGUUGUGGACGAUGUGCUGGAGAUCCUUAUAAAAAAUGGCGAGCUUCCACCGAGCGCUGCGCAGGACCCAGCCACCCCCACGACCCCCAACAGACAGCUCCAGCAGAACCUGGUGUUCACCGCGCCAGCCGACAGCCAGACCCACUCGUUGGUGUUCACCGCUGCUAGUCCGAUCAGUCCGAUCAGCCCGAUAGCGAUGGAGGUUACCCAAAGCGAUUGUGUGAGUUCCCCGGCACCGGCACCGCCGCCGCCACCGCCACCAUUGCCUUUGCCGACGUUCUCCAUUCAGUUACCCUCCGCGUUGCAACAGUUGCAGCAACAAGAGGAGAUGUCGUCCUUCGGCACGGACCUGCUGACGUCGGAAGCCGAGCUGGACACGGCGAUGCUCCUCAGUCCUCAGUCGGGUCAGCAGUCGUCGCCCGAUCCCCAACCACCCCAAGAAGUGACGUCGUCAGACAACGCCAACUUAGACCUCAAGGAGCUCGGGUUAGAUCUAGAGACCCUGGACACCAUGGACUUCGGCCAGCUGGACUGCGACCUGGGCGUCAAAAUGGAAGCCCCCCAGGAGCUAAUGGACAUCGGUGACAUGCCCAUGGACAUGGACGACUCGGAUUGGUUGGACUCCCUGAUGCCCCAGUCGCCACCGACCGCUUCCACGACGAUGUCCAAUCAUCAGCCGACACCCUCCAUGAGUCUUUCCUCAGGAACGGACAUCUACGACCCUUUGUUGGCCAGCAGCCAAGACCCGUUCGAUCUCUUCAACAUGGAGGACUCCGACUUCAAAAUGUCCUCCGAUCUCUCGCUGACUUGGGACAAAGUCGACUUCGCGACCUAGCCCGAGAUACCCCUGAGGGGCUCGGCCUUGUGUACUUAACUGUCCAACGGGGAACGAAGGAGCCUUCGAAACACAUGGACGACUCGACCACGGCAAAAGCCACGAAAGUGCUACGCGUGUUGUGUGAAUUAGUCUGUGACUGGUGCAUUUUGGCGGAUCGUAUCGCUCGACGAUACGUAUUCGUGGCAGAUUCCAGCGGUGCCUCGCGUGGACGCCGAACAACGUACUUACCGCGCGGUACUCGUGCUUCUGGGACGAACGGAGCAGAGGACUAUCGUGCGAAUAUAGGAGUAAAAUAGCUGUAUAAUUUUCACGUGCGAGAUUUUAGGUGAGUAACUUAUAAACCACGCCCGCGGACGAUGCACAAUCACGAGCCAUCGGAGCGUGAAGACGCAAGGACGGGAGCACGGAGCGAGAUACCGCGUAACAGACGUUUCUAAAGGGUCUUUGCAGAGCAUUAAUGUGCACGAUUGCACUUCGGUCUUCCUCGGUCGGUAGAUGGAACCAAUAUCCACGAGAGCGUCGGUCUUUUCGUUUCCUGCGCAGCUCGAUCGAGAUCGUACGGAUCGUUCACUGAAAGUGGUCUCUGUAUAUUGGAUGAAGUACGAGGCUUACGAGGGUAGGCCUCUGGCAGCCAUCUUUGAGAAUUUGCCACCUGAACUAUCUGAACAGCGACUACGUUCUAGUACUAUUAGAAUAUAUGUACUAAUUCUAUACACUGGGAAUACAGAAGACGCGAAAAUUCGUGAAAUAUAUUACAUGAUAUAUGUACUUUAAAAGUAUAUACGUGAUUAUAAUCUUGAAGGAAAAAUGGUAUUCGUUAUCGAUGGAAUAUACAUAUACAGUUCGUACUGUACUACUUUGAAUUUCUUACGAACACUACAAAUAUUUGGAAAUGAAAUUUACAGUAUAUGCAUGAUAAUAUACGAAUACAAGAGACUGCAAAAGUGCACAGAAUGUCUCGAACCAGUAAAAAGAAAAACUGCUACGAAGAGAGUAGUAGCGCAGUACCUCAAUCGCCAUGCAUGCGACGCAUGUGGAUUUUCCCAAAAAUGGUAGCCUCCAGAUCCUCGCAGAGGCUAUAGGUCUAUGCCACAUCCAGUACACAUAGAUCAGUGAUCGCAGUGACGACGCAACGGCAACCGACGGUCGUCCCGCUACCGUAAACAAGAUGACAACGACGCUGUCUUCAAAAUUCUCCAAAGAAUCUCCUUGCGAGCGUUUUUAGCUAGUUUUUACUAUCCAGUCUACAGUCGUGUGUUGCUUGAGUUUUAAUAACUCCGAAUAGCGUGUGUGUUAAACAGGAAAUAUCGGGAAAGCCGCGUAUAGGUUUUUCUCGUAUGCUUCCCCUCAACACCCACCCAGCCACCCCUCCUGCUCCCUCUAAGAAUAAAAUAAAAAACUCAACCAUAUACAAUCGUAAUAAUAUAAUCGGAUAAUUAUUACAUUUACGGGAAUCUAAUAUAAAUGUAACGAUCGUAAAGGCUAUGUAUGUCUGUAUGUGUACGUACAUAUACCUAUACAUAAGAAUAUAUGUAAAAUACAAUGAUACAGGCUGCGUCCUGAAGCCGAGGUGCGGUCGAAGAAGAACGAAAUAGAAAAUGCUAACACAAAAAAAAAAAGGAAAACACGAAGAACGGAAAAGAAAAACAGAAGUAAGCAAAAGUCGACGGCUUUCCCGCACAGCUAUAUAAUUUUCUAAGCAAGAGCAUGUGAUGUUAGAGGUUACAUACUACGUUACUUUAAUCACACAGUAAUCGCAUAGAAAUUUCGGAAUGGGUGCGGUCAAUGAUGUACCGAUGUCAGGCUAACGUGCGGUUCUCCCGUUUCUUUUUAUUCCCCUCUAACGAAUCUUUUUUGUUGUUUUUUUGUGACAUUCCAUGUUUCCAAACACGCACGAGCAAGAGAUCCAAGCUAAAAGUUGAAGGAUUCGUCCCAGAAUUUUGAUUGACUGCUCCCUCUCGUCUAGUAAAUCGACCUUAUAUAACUUAGGCCCUGUUAAGUGCCUAUCGGUAAUAUUUAUCUGAUAACAAUAAUAAUAUACAAUUAUUAGAGAUAGAAGUGAAAAUAAAGAUGUACUCGUUUUGGGGGAAAACGUUAAGAGAAUCUUUAGAGAGGAGGCCAGAGAGUCUAUCAUUUUUCUGAGACACCCUUCGCAGAACCAAAUGGCUUCGUACGUAGACGUUACGAUAAAGGAUCGCACUGCCUAAAUCGGUAAUAAGGAGAGAAAGUCGUGAAUGCGAGAUGUGUCUCCGAGCGUGGAUAAUGCGUGAAAAUGUAUGUGAGUGCCUGGAAACGGUAUCAGCGUACGUGAUCAACGAUGGUGCUAAACGAAAUCCUAAUUAAAGCUAUCAAUUGUCCUCGAGACGCCGCGGUUGAAUCGCGAAACAUCCUUGCACAAUCGAGUGCAACUAAAUUAUCAACGUUGAUACCCGCAACAAUGGCGACGUAAUUCUGACAAAUUAUCGUAAGACUGUGCCCAGCAGCUGUCAAAAUUUCUAGGCUUCGAUCAAUGAAGCUUGCAUCUGUAAAAAACCAAUUUAUUUCUCUAUGAUUGGCGUAACUUUGAACAAAGAAUUCGAUACCGCAAAGAGUGUUUCGUCGAUUCACGUAGAUUAAACGUGAACCCCUUGUUUUAGCGAUCGGAAGUGGCACUGUGGCAAGCGAAAUCCUAUCAUCAUCGUUCACCCCAAUAUCGCGCAACGAAGAAGCAGCAAAAGAAUGCAACAUUCCAAACGUUCACGCGCAAAACAGAGAAACAUCCCGUGGCCCUCGAGACACCAUGUUCCAAAGCUAGAAACAGCCGGGGAACCAAACGCGACUCGUUCUCCAUUUCCGAGUACUCUCCAGCUGAACGCCAACUACGAAGGAAGCCUCGGUUAACGCGCUUGUCGUGUUUUACACUCUGUCUUUUACUACAGUCAUUUAAUACAGGAUGUCCAGAAAUUAGUGCGACGCUUGACUCGCGUUUUAGUCACUACGGAAAUUUUUGCCCUCUUGGUCGAGAUCCAUUCGAAAACCGUGCAUUUAGGUGGAACCGCUUCCCUUCGAUUCGUCCGUUCGAUCCGAUUAUACAAGUCGCUUCGUAACCACGCUACUAACUCUGCAUUUAAAUUCUCUAAUCGCGCGAUAAGCAAGGAGAAAGGGAGAGAACUAAAUAAAGAGCUGCGCCCCAGCGCUGGGAGAAUAAAGGGGGGAACAUGGUGCGUGAUCGGGGUUGAGAAUCGUGCCAAAAAAUAUCCUUGCCACCGCGUAUCGCUUCGUCAUACGAAACGUACCACCCGUUGCCAUGACAAUAAGAGUUUUCUUUAGCGUGUUGUAAAGUAAUUAUUGUAUCAUACAUGAAUCGAAAUCGAGGGGAGUACCGCCCACAGAGUGAUGUCCACAAAGCUUCACGUCAGCUUUCUUCACUCCCGUUAUCGUGAACAUGAAUGCUACUUCAGUUUCAUUCGUGGCCAACGACUUUGAUCGAAGCAAAAUUAACCCUCAAAAUACUCAACUGAGAACGACAAAAAUGUUAUGUUUAAAAAGUCAUUAGGAAAAUGUUAUGUCAAUGACUCCUGGUACUUUCCUUCGGGAGAAAUUUAAUAACUCUUAAUAGCCUGAAUGUUUACAAAAUCAUAGAUGCAUGAGCAAUCAAUAAUUCAUUUCUUUUUAUAAGUUUGAAAAAUUAUAAUAAACUUCGAUGGGGGUCGAUCCAUGAUGGCCUUGAACAGUCAAUUAAUUUUACUCGAUUAUAUUUUGUUUCUGUUUUAACACGUUCGCUGCCACCGUUCGGUUGCAAAACCCAACAUUACACUUAUAGUCAUUUUAUUCAGCGUAGCGCAUACUUUCAAUUGCAUACGAAUACUCGUAUUAAAGAGGCACAACUGAAUAUUCUAACUAAUAUAAAACUGGGCCAUAGGUCGGACUUCAUUUGUUUUGUGGUAGCGAGCGUGUCAAUGUAUCGCAGCAAAUAUCGUUGCUUGUCGUCGCGAUCCCGCGAUUAUUUCACUUUCUUCGAAUCAUGAAAUCUGUCGAUGAUUGAUUGAUCGAUUUUGUCAGGCUGUGCGAAUCUGGUAGUCUGUGUCGUGGAGACGCGUAACAGUGUCUUUUUGUUUGUAUAAUCGAGCGUGUGUGAGAGCGUGUGUCAGAGAGUAGCGCGCGAUGAAAAUAUAAAUAAUUAAAAAAAACCAAGAAGAUGAAGAAGAAGAAGAAGAAGAAGAAGGAGAAGAAGAGGCAGAGAUUAGAUGAAAUUUGACAUCGUGGACGUGACUGUAAUCGUCUCUGUAUAGUUUUUUGCAAAAUAUAUCGUGUAUAGACGUACUGCGUGCGGUUGCGCCGAAAACAACAAAAGUUAAAAAAAAAAAAGAAGAACGAUUGUGCGAACACGCGCUUGCGCGUGCGCAAACACACACACACAUACAAUCACACGAACAUAUUUUGUAUGAGCAUGCGAAGAAAGAAAUGGUAUAAGUUUUGUUAAGUAUCUAUGAAUUUAUUGUAAUGAUAUGUACGUUUAAGUAACGAUCACGUAAUUAUUGCUAGAGAGAGUGUUAUUUAUUUUUAUUUGUUGCAAAUUUAUCGAUUGCCUUCCAUUUGAGUAAAUAAAUAAAUCUAAAGUUA